GUUAGUUUUACCCCUUUAUACUUUAUCAGAUCAAACAAGUCUAGAAUCAUGGCUUCAACACUUUGUCAAUAAAAGUUCGGAUAAAUAAAUUUCUACCUCUAAAGAAUACUCUUCACUUGAUCAGAAAUUAUUACAAAGAAAGCACGUCAUGCAUCUGAUAUUUAAAUCUGAUAAAUCCAAGCGAACGAACUUAUAUUUGCAAAGGAAAUUUCUCUAAAGAAAGAAGCGAAUAGUGUAUAUGCAACCGACUUUUUCAUCGUAUUUGCGAAGCAGAAACAAAACUUGCAAGAGGACUUUCACUUCGAUUUUUGACGUCCUCCUUGCUUUCCAUUAAAUUGAAUUUUUACUUUACAGAUUUUGUAGAAGGGUCGAAUAAACAUGCAGUCAAAAUUUUACAGAUUCUUUAUUCGGGAUUAUCAAAACAUAUGGAUGGUUUCCAUCAUGGGAACUGCCCUCUCUGCUAAUGUUUUGCAUGAAUUCCCUUACAGUUCACAAUGGUUGCGCAUCUGCUCAUACAUUAUGUUUGGAUGUGCUUUAGUAGCCUUUUUCCUCAAUACAAUCAUCUUUUUUCUCAAAUAUGUCUUUUACAGAUCGUUUCUCCCUAGAGAGCAAGCGUUUAGUAAUAUAGCCAACUCAUUGUGCUUGGGCUGCUAUACCAUCGGAUUCGAAAGUAGCAUCAACAUGCUGUGCUAUCUCAGUAGUUCUUCUUCUCCACAAAAUUGGAUCAAUUUUAUUUAUAUCCUUUGGAUUUUUAGUGUCGCCAUGUCUUUUUAUUCCUCAUGGGUCAUCUUUUCCGUCCUAUUCACUAAACGAGCGAAUUUUCAAUUCUCUACCCUUUUGGGAAACAUCAUGCUUCCUGUAGUCCCUGUGACGGUUGCUGCUUCUACUGGUUCCAUUGUCCUUCAAACCUUUUCGUCUCGUAUAAGCCCAACCUUUGCCUUAAACAACAUUGUCGCAUCCUAUAUUUGUUGGUCAAAUGCAAUUGCUCUCGGUUUCUGUAUGGUUACUGUCGUUUUAUGGAGGUUGAUUUUUUACAAGUACCCAGCCAGUCCCGUAAUUUUUACCCAGUUUAUCCCGAUCGGCGUAUUUGGUCAAGGCGCUUUCGGAAUCAUCAUGCAGGCUCUUAACGUUAGAGUAUAUGGAGAUCUUCAUCUGCGGCAUAUUCCAUCCAUUGAUGUUUAUACAAAUGCGGUAGUGAUCGUCUCUUGCCUUGUGUCGCUAUUUUGGAUAUCCUUUGCUUAUUUUCUCACCUUUAUAGCUAUUUUUGCUGUAUUGAGUCAUGGCUUCAGACACAAGUUUACAGUAGUAUGGUGGGCCACUACUUUUCCUCUUGGUACCAUGUCCAUUUCCAACUCCAAACUCGGCGAAGUUGCCCAUUUGACCUUUUUUCGUGUUGUAGGAGCCAUUUACGGUGUUGCGUUCAUUCUUAUCACCGUCGUCUGUAUCCUUGGAAGUGCCUAUUUGGGAAUUGAAAAAUUCAUCUCGGAAUUUCUUAGAAAGGAGUUUGAUUCUCCAUUACCCGUUGCUAUAAAGCAUGAUAGUCAAGUUAUUAUAAACCCUUCAACCUCUCCCGUAAAACCAUAGUGUUGUCCUACUCCGUACCGGAAAAAAAGAAAUAAAUUUAUAAUGAUCAAGGACAUGCCUGUGCUCCCUAAUAUAUAGCAUAAUCAUCUUUCAUAAGUCCGGAUUCGCUAAUGAUGAGAAGGAGAAGAACGGGAAUCCAUUUUAAGACAAGCAUGCGAUUGCUAAUAUAAGGGCCAGGCCGGACAGCGUAAGGAUGGAUCGGACAAAUGGAGUUUGCGACUUCUUUUACCAAAAUCUUUUCUUAAUUCGACAACUUCCAAAAGGUUUUAAUUCAAGAAUGAAAAGAAAAUGAUGCAUACAUUCUCGAUUCGUUGUCUUUUGACGUUACUUCUGGGAAUUUCCUCUGCUUAUCCUCAAUGCCGUGGUGUCAAAAGAAGGAAGCCUGUUUCAUAAAACCCAUAAGUGGAAUACUAACACGAGUUUAACUGUCCUCUCACUGAUUGUUAGCAAAAGGGUUGCUGCUGUUUCCUGAGUUGUCAGCACUCAAAUAACCUUUUGCGGAAAAACAAAUCAUAAGUUCCUUAGCUUGUUUUCUUAUACUGCAAUCGUCUCCCUCAGUUGGAGGUGGAGAACUCCAAGUCAGGACCGUUAGAGCUGCCUUUUUUUUUUGCUCCUUAAAUCACGUCUGUUCUCGUUUCGUAUAAUCUUUUUGUAUACCGACUUAGAUAAAACAAAAGAAAAUCAAUUUUGACUUUGCUUAUGGUAAAGGCAGUUAUUCACGGCAGA